AUGGCACGAACAAGCAUUCUUUCAGUUUUUCGCGUGAUUUUGACUUGUUGGCUUGGAUUUCAAGUUUUAAAAGCAACAACUCUUUUACAUUUUAUGGGCAGAAGGCAUGGUUAUUAUGAUUCAAAAGUCGCGUUCGUUAUUGGAGUUCAAACAAUCGCACCCCCAAUAGUUGUAAUAAAUGUGGUGACAUGGUUCGUUUUCUGGUUUGAUAAACAACAAUCAAGACUUCGUAAUUGGCGAACACCUGAACGCGAAUUAUUAUGGUGGUUAUGGACGACAGGAGUUUUUGGCGGAUGGCUUAGUAUGUUUGGUAAGCUAGUUAUUCUUCGAUCUUCGUUUUCUAGUGAGGUUAGUCUAUAUUCCUUACCCGGAAUUCGAUUAUUUUUAUAG